AUGUCUACCUUCGAGCAAGCCGCUGCCGACGUGAAGAAUCUGAAGGCCAAGCCCAGCGAUCAGGAAAUGCUCCAACUCUACGGUCUCUACAAGGUUGGUACCGGCGAAGAUUUCAGCGCGGCCAAACAGCCCGGUGCCUUUGACUUUGCGGGCAAAUACAAGUACGCGGAAUGGAAGAAGCGUGUCGAGGAGGGACUCACUGCUGAGGAGGCCCAAGAGCAGUACAUUAAGCUGGUCGAUGAGUUGAAAGAGAAGUAUGGCUUUUGA